AUGGCGAAACUGUUGCAGGAUCUUGUGUACCAGGAAGAAUCUCCUUCGAUUUACACAACAGCCCUAUCUGGGAUAACUCUCUUGUUUUUGGCUUACUUGGGUAUCUCAGAAACCUUGGGAAAUCACCUCAAGUACUCCAAAUUCUGGAACGUCAAUUCACAGAAAUCUGGAGGGGGAAUCAAACUACCCAGCAGAACUGGGAUGCUUCUACUCUACAGCCCAGCAGCCGUUGCGGGUCUUGCUUCAUUUCUGAUCUUCCCCGGUGGUGGAAUCAGUUCAAUAGCAUUGCUAUUUGCUGAUGAAAAAUGGGCCGAAGAAGCAGUUUUCUGGAAUUCGACUUGCGGCUUUAAAACUUUAUCUACUUCAGUUGCUGUUUGGUUGUCUUUGUUUGGCCGCAAGUUCUGA